AUGCUCAAGUCAAGAUGGGCUACCCAGCCUGGCGAGGCGGAGCAGUCAGCGCCCGAGGUCACCGUCGCUCAACCAGAAGCAGCGCCAGCACAGAUCGACAACACGUCCUACGACCCCGCCUUCGACGAUCCGUCAAUAGAUCCAUUCGCUCAGACGGCAAGCACAGACGACCUUUUCUUCGACGACGACAUCACGCCUAUCGCCGAGCCAGUCGUCGAGCAGAACCCCAUCGAGCUGCAAGCUUCCGCCCCCGAGUUCGUUCCCGAGGAAGUACAACUGCCGACCGCACCGCAGGCACACCUCGCACCGCAUGCGCCUCGUGAGCCAAGAAACGCCGAUAGAGGAGGUCGCGGCCGAGGUCGGGGAAGGGGCCGUGGACGAGGUCGCGGCGGGCACAACACCGACAUCCGACUAGAGGAAAACGGCAAGAAGGCACCUGAGGCUCCAAAGGAAGCUGCGCCGACCGCGACUGCCACUACCGAUAUCGCAGACAACUCAGCCCCGCCUUCUGCACCCACCGAGCCCAAGGAGAAGACCACACACGCCGUGCGCGGAGACAGAGGCCUGACUGGCGGCCCUGCACGCACGCGCCUGACAGAAGAGGAGCUGAACACGAAGCUAGCCAACAUGCGCAUUAAGAACGAAGCCCGUCAGAGCGCCCAUGCUCGCGCCGAGGCCGACAAGGGCAAUUUCGAGGCACGCGAAGCCGUCAUGCAGAAGCAGGAUAUAGAGCGGAAGAAGGCUCUCGCGGAGAAGCAGAAGGCAGAGCGCCAGAGUCGCCAACAGAUGAUGGGCGAACGCGAGAAGAACCGCCAGCGCAAGCUCAACGCGCAAGGGGGCAGGGAGUGGGACUUUGAGAAAGAAGAUGGCUUCUCUGGCACUGGAGACGAGAAGCGACGAGGCGCUGUACGUGGCGCGCAUGGUGGCAUCGCACCCUCGAGACCGGUCGACAACGGACACAACGGAGGCGAAGACUACCAUGAGCCUGCGGGACAGUCUAGCCGCGGACGAGGCAGAGGUAGAGGCCGUGGCAGCAGGGGUGGCCGUGGCGAUUACCGAGGAUCCGAUGAGAGGCCGGCAAACACUCGGGAAAAGCGCGACAACGUCCCGCCUUCAGCAUCAGACUUCCCUGAACUACCCUCAGCCAAGGGCAAGGCACCUGCAGAGGAGAAAGUGAAGGAGAAGGUGAAGGACACAGACGAUUUCGGCCUGCCAUCGCCCAUGGAGAAGGGACGCAGCUGGGCUGACGAGGUCGGCUCGUAG